GGGUCCGGGCUGCCCAUAGAGCCCGGAGAGAAAGCUGAAGACUAGCGGGCAGCACGGCGCAGACGGAACCCGCCUCGCUACUUCCGGAACUUAAAAUCGGUUUCCGGAAGCCGGAACGGGUGUCCCCAUGACAACCGACGUUGAGGCUUUGAGGCCCUUAUCUUAGAGCAAGGGAAACAGCUCUGACUCUGAGGAACUAGACACUUCUCUCUCGGUGCUGGGGAAAAAGCCAGGAGCUGUUUUCUGGGGAACUGUGGGAUGUGCCCUUGGCGGCCCAAGAGAGCAAAAGGAAGAUGCUCCAGACCAGUAACUAUAGCCUGGUGCUCUCCCUGCAGUUCCUGCUGCUGUCCUAUGACCUCUUUGUCAAUUCCUUCUCGGAGCUACUCCGAAUGGCUCCCGUCAUCCAGCUGGUGCUCUUCAUCAUCCAGGAUAUUGCGGUCCUCUUCAACAUCAUCAUCAUUUUCCUCAUGUUCUUCAACACCUUCGUCUUCCAGGCUGGCCUGGUCAACGUCCUGUUCCGUAAGUUCAAAGGGACCAUCAUCCUGACAGCUACGUACUUCGCCCUCAGCAUCUCCCUUCAUGUCUGGGUCAUGAACUUACGCUGGAAAGACUCGAACCGCUUUGUCUGGACAGAUGGACUUCAAACGCUCUUUGUAUUCCAGAGACUAGCGGCAGUGUUAUACUAUUACCUGUACAAACGGACAGCGGUGAGACUGGGCGACCCUCGUUUCUACCAGGACUCUCUCUGGCUGCGCAAGGAGUUCAUGCAAGUCCGAAGGUGACUGCUUUGUGCCACACUGAUGGAUGCCUUUCCUUCCUGACAGAAGCCACAUCUGCAGGGGGCGUGCUGGGCCCCAUGCACAGGAAGCAGCUUGACUUUCCUAGGACAGGCUCCGGCCAGUUGUGUUCAGCAGCCAAAAAGGAAGAUCCUCCCUCUUGCAAAUUUAAGUGUUCCCUAUACAGACUGCAGUACAUACAUAAUCCCUUCCUGGCUCUUACCUCAGUUCUGUCCCCCCUUCCUCACGGGCUCUGUGGCAUUACCCUUGGGGAGCUCCCCCUUAGCCUGGUACAGGAGGAGCUCCCAGCACCUGCUUUCUUUGCAGUACACACGGAUGACCGAACGAUACAAAGAGGGAUAUUUCUGUGCUCCUGACUGAUCACACACUUGACAUUUAGAUUUUGUACCCACGGCAUUUUUUUUAACAUUUUAUAAACAGGAAAUAAAUUGAAUUCGUUUCCAUAAAUGGUGGAGUCUAUUUGUCUAGCUGUCUCUCUUCAUGAUUACGAGGCAUGCCAGGGCCUAGCCUUGGCAUCUCCUUGGUCUAGUGGGCAGAUGGAGCUGCAGAGCAAGUACAGAUAUUUAUUGAAUACCAUUACGAGUACUGAGAUAUUUUUGCAAAAA